UUUGAUAUUGUUGAUACAUACAGGAUUGAUUGCACGCGAAGAAACUUAUGGUGACAAUUUGAAAAAGAUGGAAGUUGCACAAAAGUUGCAUUCCGGAGCUUGCGACAUACAGGAUGAGGAACUAAAUAUCAGCUGUCAUACGAACAGUUCUGGCUGUGAUGUUGAAGAUAUAUUGGACUCAUCCACGGAAGAUCUUGGAUGUUCACCCCCGCUUCAACCGAGAAAAUUAUUUAGUAAUACGAUGAAUUGUAGUGACAAUGAAAGUGCAUCAAGAAUUAGAAUCCCUCCUCGUGAAAAUAUGUGUUCUCAAAAAAUAUCAAUGGCAUGUAGUCCACCUUACAAAAGAGUUAGAGCAUUACGUCUGUUUGAUUCUCCCGCUACUCCAAAAACAUUAAUGGAAAAGAGUGCAAUGCAUACUCCGUUUCCGACUAAAUGUUCUAGAUUAUUUUCGCUAGACAAAUCUAGAUCUUGUAAUUAUCAAAAUAAAUCUGACAAACCUGCUGCCAAUGUAAAUCCUUUUAUGCCAAAUGGAAUAAUGUUAACUGCAAGAAAACGUACUAGAUCUAAGCGUAGUCUGAAUGGUUCUCCAGAUAUCCAAAUUCCAAAAUUUGAUCUUGGCGAUUCUGAAGAAGAUUCUGACAACGAAAUAGAACAAGCUACAAAACGUGUGGCAUUGCAAGAUUCCAAUAUCUCACGAUAUCAUCAAGAGUUCCAUGAACUUGGUUUAAUUGGAACGGGUGAAUUUGGCUCUGUUUAUAAAUGCAUUAAUCGAUUAGAUGGAUGCACUUAUGCUGUUAAGAAAAGUAUUAAACCUGUGGCUGGAAGUAUUAAUGAAAAGAAUGCUUUAAACGAAGUAUAUGCGCAUGCUGUACUUGGUAAACAUCAACACGUGGUGAGAUACUAUUCUGCAUGGGCAGAGGAUAAUCACAUGAUAAUUCAAAAUGAAUAUUGUAAUGGUGGUAGUUUGGCUGACGCGAUUCUCAACUUAGAAAAAGAAAAAAAACAUUUUACUGAAAUAGAAAUACGACAAUUAUUGUUACAUGUUGCUGAAGGUUUAAGAUAUAUUCACAGUAUGCAAUUAGUACAUAUGGACAUUAAACCCGGAAAUAUCUUCAUUUCCAAAGAAAAAAGGUUACUCGCAGUUAAUUAUGAUUCAGCCGAUGACGGUUUUGACGAAGAGGAAACUGUAGAAGAGGAAAUUACUUACAAAAUAGGAGAUUUAGGCCAUGUUACAUCAGUUAAUAAUCCUCAAGUUGAAGAAGGAGAUUGUAGAUAUCUUCCAACGGAGAUUUUGCGUGAGGACUUCUCUCAUUUAUCGAAAGCUGAUAUUUUUGCUUUUGGAUUAACUAUUUAUGAAGCCGGUGGUGGAGGUCCACUACCUAAAAACGGAUCAGAAUGGCAUGACAUUAGAAAUGGAAAAUUAAAAGAAUUACCACAUUACAGUCGUGAUCUUAACGAAUUACUUAAAUUAAUGAUUCAUCCAAAUCCUGAAAUGAGACCAUCAGCAGUAUGUCUUAUACAACAUAGAGUACUGUGUCCAUUUGGGAAUAAAACAAAAGCACAACUUCGACGAGAACUGAAUGCAGAGAAAUUAAAAAAUGAAAUUCUAUCGAAACAGCUACAAGAAGCUGCUAAAUGUUUAAAAACUAUUGCUCCAAAUGUAGCAGCAAUCAAUAAUACAAUGAAUGCAGGAGGCUAUGAAUUAAGACCUACACCAACUAGAACAUUGUCUCGAGCAGUGGGUAAAAAAGUCAACAGAAGCAAUAAUUAUACACAAUCAAAUGUUCAACCAAAGAAAAGGCAGAAUGAACUUUUAUACAGAUAUGGAUAUUUUCUAUCAAUGCUUUUAUGUAUGAUCCUUGCUUCUAUUAAACCACAAUUUGGCAAAACAAAUGGUGUUCUGAAUGGUAAUAUUAUUAUUCGAUAUUUUGCUGUUCCUUUGACAUACUUAGAAGCAGGUCUAUUAUGUAAUCCAAAAACACUUUAUUUAACAUUAUUUAAUGGCUCUCUCUUAGUAUUUACAAUGACUUUCAUAUAUAUUUUAAUGCCUUUCUUGAUGAGACUUGGAGUAUGUUUAUUGACUUAUGCCAAUGUCAAUGUAUGGUUAUUGAAGGGAAUGGAAGUACUUUACUGUAUGCCACCUCCAUUUAAUACAAGUUUUGUUUUGUGUCGAUUGGCACAAGCAGAUUUAUCAACAAGCAUUGUAAUUACUUUAGUAUCUCAUUUUGGAGGAUUAUUUAUAUCUCCCAUAUUAUUAUAUUUUGUGUUAGGCGCAUCUACACCUCCUCUAGUUGGGGUAAAUGUAAAAGAAACCAUUUAUAGUACAAUUAUACCAUUAAUUAUUGGUGUUAUGAUUCAAAUUGUCCUCUUAAAGUAUGAUAUUUCUGUCAAAAUUAAGUCACCUUGGUUUUCUCAAGGACUAUUAUUAGCUACAGCAUAUCAUUGGUUUUGUGAUGCUGUAUUGGUGGAUGCAUCAUCUUUACAAGCUACUGACGUGCUAUUAUGCAUAUUAAUUGCUUGCGUGGGACAACUAUUUGUUAGCUGCUUGUGUUGGAUUUUGUGCUCUCAGUGGUUACCUCGGAAUAUCUUAUUAGCUGCACUUUUUACAAGUACUCACAAAUCAGUUGGUCUUGGAAGCUGGGUUUUACGUGGUGCUUACCAUGGGUCAGCUCAUGGUCCUGCAGUGAAUUUACCAUUGUCUGUAUUACCAGUUGCACAAUUACUAUUGGGUAGUUUAUUAGCUGGUUGGUUGUCCCCAUAAUGUAAAUAUGUUGUGAUCAAUUUGAAUAAUUUUUUUUAUAUACUUCAUUUUUUAAAAUUGCAUGCAUAUACUAUUUUAAGUAAACUUUCUUUUAAUAUAUAUAUUUUGUGUGUAUUUACAGAAUAAUGAAAAAUUGAAAAAUAACUAUAUUUAUAGUAAGUAAUUAGAUAAAAAAUAAUGUAAUUUACUUAUUCAUCAUGUUCAUUGUAGGAAAAAAUGCCUUAAUGAAUAGUGUUCAAACGUGGAAUUAAGGAAUAAAAAGUCUUAUAUAGAUUCAGGUUUCAAAUUUUAAUAUGUAAAAAGUCGUAUGAAAAUUAUUUACAUAAUGUAAUUUGAAAAAGUGAAGUGUUUAACAAAACAUUGGGUAGGAUUCGACUCAAAAUUGUUUUCAAAAUGUAUCAAAUAAGUUUAUUCAUAUGUAUAACGAAAUGCCAAAGGCUUUGAAACAUAGUCUAUUUCUUUUUUCUUUUUUUUUCUCUAAAUUUCACGCAGAGUGUAUACGAGUUUUAUUUAUUGCGGAAUUUAAUACUUACCUUGGAAACUAAUUUUAAGAAUUUGUAUGUAACAAUUAUAUAUUAUUUUUUUCAGUAUGUAUUGAAACAACUAGUGUAAAAUUAUGCACGAAUAAGUUUUUUUCAAUUCUAAUCAACUUAGUUUCAUUGACAUUUGAUAAAAGAAAAUCAUGACAAUUAUACAUUACACUGUACAUCAUUACAGGAACAAUUU